AUGCUAGAGAUAAAUUCUACUAAGAAGACAUGGAUGUUACUGAAUACUUUGUUUGCGGUAAACUACACACUAUACAUUGUGCUUCAUCUGAUCAGAAUUCCUAUAUAUCCACUGCCAAACUUCGUAAACAUUCUGUGCUUGAUAUCGUCAUACUCAAUUUCCUUACUUCCACAUCUCUCAUCCAUGAAGGAAAUCCUGUCACAGCCAAACAUUUACUGCAUCACAGUGUUCUUCACGUUUCCCCAUGAGGCUCUUCUUCUCCCGUUUUACCUUCUGUCGAUAUAUCAUCUCAGCUCAUUUGUUCUGUCCAACAAGAAGACUUUCGAAAGAACAUCUAUAUAUCCCAUCUGUGUCUCCUUGUCGGCAUACCAUGUCACCCUGGGGAGACUAGCAUUGUUUACAGAGGUUCUUGCUGUUCCUCUCUCCUUCCUAAUGAUAUUCCUCAGAAAGUCGAGCCUCGUGACCUUUACAACUUUCAUUGCCAUGGUGAGGCAGCAAUACUUCAAUAAUCCAUCAAUGCGAAGUGUCUUUGGGGAAAUACGUGUGUCUCUGGACAAGUGGGUUCUCAGCUGCCCACGUGAUGUACAGGAAUAUUACCGAAGGGGAAGAGACUUUUUGGUUUCCACUCACUCUGCCAAAAAGCUAAAUUAA